CGGCUGUGAAGAUACGUGGCGGAAGUAAGGAGUUCUUCCUGGGUGAGAGCCGGUAAGAUGGCGGCGGACACGCAGGUUAGUGUGGCAGCAUUGGCGAUAAUGGAGCUAUCGACAGAUUGGCUUGUUAGCGUGUGAUCCAUACCAGAUAAUGCUGCACACUGUGAUUGGGUGCAUGUACAUGUAUUUAUAUAUACACACCCGAGAGAUGAGAGUGGUGUAAUGGGAUAGCAGGUCUGAUUAUGGAGAUGCCGGGUGGGCUGAUCAGAUAUAUGGAGGUGGGAGGACCGAUGCUUGAGUUUUUCCUGGUUACUGACUGGUUUAAUGUGCAGUUGAGCGAUACAUGAAAAGUGCUGCCUUGGAGUAUUCCCCAUGGUUGUACUGCCAGAUGAUUUAUAUAUUAGGAAAUCUACAUUCUGCACGGCAGCACUUUUCAUGAACUGGCCUGUAUGUAGAACAGGCUCUAUAAAAAGAAAUAUAGUGAUUAUGGAAAUCCUUCUAAGUGAGAUUAUAGUUAGAGGACCACUCUAAGAACCAUUAACACUACAGCGUUUUCGGCAAUAAAGCCAGGUUAAAAACACACAAUGGGUCAGCGCUUAAUAACAGAAAAUAGUGGAGAAUAAGGCAGCAACCCUAAGAAGGUGAUCCCUCAGAACCUUUCAAAAUAAUAUACAGAGAAAGAAAACAAACAGGGAAGGGCUGGGCCCAAAAAAAUAGUACUUAAAGGACCACUAUAGGCACCCAGACCACUUCAGCUUAAUGAAGUGGUCUGGGUGCCUGGUCCAGCUAGGUUUAACCCUUUUUGCUGUAAACAUAGCAGUUUCAGAAAAACUGCUAUGUUUACCUAUGGGUUAAUCCAGUCUCUAGUGGCUCUCAUUGACAGCCGCUAGAGGCUCUUCCGUACUUCUCACUGUGAUUUUCACAGUGAGAAGACGCCAGCGUCCAUAGGAAAGCAUUGAGAAUGCUUUCCUAUGAGACUGGUUGAAUGCGCGUGCGGCUCUUGCCGCGCAUGCACAUUCAGCCGAUGACGGAAGAAGAGGGAGGAGAGUCCCAGCACCAAGGGAGCUCGGCGCUGGAAAAAAGGUAAGGGAUUAACCCCUUCCUCCCCCCCUUCAGCGAGUAUGUUUUCCUAGCACUAUAGUGGUCCUUUAACCCCUUAAGGACACAUGAUAUAUGUGAAAUGUCAUGAUUCCCUUUUAUUCCAGAAGUUUGGUCCUUAAGGGGGUUUAAGUUUCUUUCCAACAGUGCAAAUUGUCAUUGAAGGUAUCUUGUGCAGCUGUGGUUUCUGAGUUCUUUAUACAUGGGGGAUGUGGAAGGUCUGAGUGUCUUCAGACUCCGUAUGUGGAUAAAGAGAAGACAAAGCAACCUAAUAGUGCAAAAUGUCAGGGCUUGACAGACAACACGUAAAUAAUAAAGAUAUUGCACUCACAUGUAAGUCUAUGACCAGCUCUAGUGUAUAUCGCAUAUAGUGGUAUAAUCCCCACUUAUGGGAUAUGAUGAUGAUAUUUCACAGCAGUUGGUUGUCUAGGUGCUCAGAAAAGAAAUAAAAAAAUAGCCACAAAUAGUGCUCUCAGUAAUAUAAUAAAAGGUAUAUAAAAUAAGCAGCAUUGUACUCACAAGUGUAGAGCAGACCCACUGCUCUAUGAUGAUGGCGUUGGUGGUAUGAUCCCCACCCGGGACAUUCUUGAGAGUAGGACUGAUAAAAAAUAGUUGAUAAAAUAGACAAAAUGCCAGGAAGUAUUAAUAGGUUAUUGAAAUAAAGAGGUAAUGGCACAAUAAAUUAUUGUGAAACCAAAAUCCUUUAUUCAAUUAAAAAAAAAUCUAAAAAGUAAUGUCCAUAACGAGUUUCACCAUUUAGGCUUUCUCAAAUGGAAUGAAAAAGCCAAGCAAGACAGUUUUUUUACAAUUCUGGCUUAAAAUAUGCAGAUCCAUGGAUAAAUUCUUGAAAAAUUAAUUUAGCAAAUAAUUCUGGCAGUAUCAUAUUUUGUAUUCACAUACUUUCUUGGUAUGGAUGAAGCUGCUUAUCUAAUGAAUAAGUUACACUAUAUUAUUUUCACAUUUUACCCAAACAAUUUUAUCUUCUUUAUUAUAAUUAUAGUAAAUAUUUUGCAGUUAAAGGAGCGCACAAAGCGAUAAAGCACUUUAGCUUGCUGAAGUUGUUUUAAGUGUGAAUCAUGUAUCCUCUAUUUUUAAUUUUACAAAAAGUGCAAAUUACACUUGUUACACCCUCCUAGCUAUCAGACAACCUGUCUUCCAUUUCCUGACAGUUUAGCUCAGUGAAGCUAAACUCAAGAAGAAAAUUGCCCAGUGCACCUGCCUUGCAAAGACUUCUCAUUGAGCGGCAUUGGGAAGUGAUUUGGGCAGCCACAGAUAGUCUGGCCUGAGGAAGAAGUAUAGAGAUUGCAAAAUCUGCAGACAGCAGAUGUAAAUGUUAGAUAUACCCCCAAUUAAAAAAUGCAGUAAUAAAUACAUGCAUUUGUUUUUAUUGAGGAUAUAUCUACUAAAUUUAAACAAAAAAACAUUCAAAUGGAGUGUCCCUUUAUCACUUAAAGGAACACUCCAACAUUUCAAUUAAUUAGUUUUUAGUAUUAGAAUGGUCGUGCUUCGAUUACUGACCCGCAAAUUUAUUUUAAAAGUAAAAUUUUGCUCAAAAACAACUUUUGUGGGGCGGAGUUUAACCAUGGAGCCGAAUGGACGCCAUUCUCCACGGCUCCCCAGCAUUAACAGCCAAUCCUCCAAAUAUCACAGGGACAGAGGACCAUGGACCCGUGAGACCCACGGCAUCAGGGCUCAAAGGAUUAUCCACCGAUGCCCUUUUUGUAUGCACAAACAAGCAUUUAAAAACGCUGCAAAUAUCUGGCCCAACUCGCCCUCCCGCCAGUGUCGCAACUUCCCGCGACGUUCUUCCCGGGCCUAGAAGACUGGUCCCAACAGCCAGCUGACCACCAGCGCCUCCUCCUAGCAACAACAUGGGGAUACGUUCGCAAAAGUCACAACAAGGUACACCCAGGGACUCCCGAGAAAUAGGUGCCCUACUGCAACGCACCGCAAGCCACAAGAUGGUGGACGAACAGGACCCUGAGACUAGCUCCACAUGCUCAGAACAGCUGUCAGAGGGACACAGAACAGACCGGCGAUCAGAGUCCCCCAGCAACCCACAAGCAGAAGGGGAUGACUCAGCCCCAGCCACCAAAAAGGAUAUCAGGCACCUACUGCAAGAAAUGAAGCAUAUGUUUGAUGCUGACAUAAACCUGGUGAGAACAAUAACGCAGGCAGUGACAGCACGGUACAGGCCUCUGAAGAGGACAUAUUAGACCUCAGACAAGAGGUGAAAAGCAUGGGGGACACCCUGUGACACUUAGUCUGCAAACACAGCAUUCCAAAACACGCUAGAUGCCAUGGAAGACCGCAGCAGGUACACGCAUUUCAAAAUUCGGGGAAUCCCUGAUAUAGUAAGAAUUGCCAUAGUUCCUGAGGAGACUCCUGCCGCACACUCAAGCCAAAAAGCUGGAAUUAAACCGUCACUUUCACAUAAAUAAGGCCAAAAGGGCACCCACAACGGCUCCAAGGGACGUCCUAAUGCGUUGCCGCUCCAUGUCAGACAAACACCACAUACUAGCAUCGGUAAGAGGCAAGACACCACUGGACUUUAAGUAUUCACAAAUCACCUUUUUUCCAAGACAUCACUCCAAACACCCUACCCUGGAGAAAGUCCUUUGGCAAAGUGACGGCAUGACUUCAGAAAGAGAAAGUGGAAUAUAGAUGGCUGUUGCCGAGAACAUUGGCAGUUAUCAGCGGAGAAGAUGUCCUAAAACUCACCACUGUCGGAGGCCCCUGCCUGCCUCCAAAAAUUAGGACCAUCACUGAGCACCCCAACGCAUGGGAUUCAGAGAGAACCGUUCCAUUCUUCCCCAGGAGUGGCAGGAGGCGGUGACCUGAACACCUCCCAAAAUGCAUAUUACUAGUUUCCAUGUUCUCCUGUUUUCUCAUCUAAGUUCACCCUACUGUUCUCUAUACACUCUAAGUUUAGUUACUGCCCCCCCAUCCCCUCCUGUGACCCCCUUAGGUUAGGGGUCGACACUACCCACCAAUCCAAAUACCGCACACCCGAGACACAACCUCUGCUUAGGCUCUGAUAGAAGCCCUAGGCUUACACAGGGGCACAAACACCAACUUAUAACGUGAUAAAAGACAAAACUAACCUACCACUUUAUGCCCCCUACCCAAGCUACAGAGGAUUGUGACACCCAAUCACUCGUAAGAACAUAACACAGACCAUGCAUUCGCCUUACUUAAUUACACCCUGAUUCCCUUAUGGGUACCAAUAGCAUGGGCACACUCACCUCACUUUAAAAAAAAAAAAUGCAUAUUCACUUCUACUGUUUUAUUCCCGACUGCACAAAUACAUUCUAUUUCCUUCGACUAUUGAGCAUUCCGCCUAGCAGCGGGACAAUAACAAUAUGCUUGUUGCCUAUUAGUUUCUACCUAUAUACACAUUUACAACAUGUUUACUAGCUAAGAUCUAUGUUUCUGUAAAUGCCUCUUAAUGACUUGACUGUGCAGUUGUGGCAUCACAAGUUUGCUUGUUUCAAUCUAAAUGCACUGAAAAAAAAAAGGAAAAAAAACCAAAAUACUUUUAUACCAGAUCUGGGUCAGUCUCCUCAAAGGAGUUGUUCUGCUACCAGGGAAGUCAUUAUUUACGAUGACUUUUGUCCUGUCCAUUGACAUGCAUUGUAAACACAGGGCCCAUGUGGAGCCAUUUCUACACUUACAUCUCACUGUCAGUCAAAUGCUUCUCAUAGAGAGGCAUUAACUCAAACUUAUCUUUGAGAGGCAUUAGAUGUGUUCAGUGUCAUUAUGCUGUGCGAGAUCCUUAUGGACAGGAAGGGAGACUGUUAUCAUGGACAGUCUACCAUGGUUAGAUCGGAGCAGCAAUGAGGAAGGACUCACUAGUUGGGGGGAAAAAAAGGCAUGUAAACGUUACUUUUAGGUUAGGGGAGUUGUGCCCAACAUUGGUAGGGUUAAAGGAACACUCCAAACAUUAGAACUGAAUAUUGGCUUUUAAUGUUCCUUUAAUUCUCCUAGCUAUAUUUUUUAUCAUAGAUCUUUAAAGUAAACUGACUUUUAGACUGACAUUGGCUUUAUGGGAUUCAUAUUAAACAUCUAUUGCUAUGAACGAACAUUGUUGUUCUUGUCUGUCACAUGCAUUACUCAGGUGUAAAUGGUCAUGUUUGAUGAUAAAUACCCUGGUAGUGUCUCUUGUAUUAACUCAACACCUUUUUUAGUUCUUUUUAUUUUGUUGAAACAUUUGUCACUAUAACUAUUUACCUUUUUGUGUAUUAUUUCCAUACUGUUUUAUCUAACCUUUAAGCUUCAUUUAACUUUUUUGUGUUAAUAAUAGACUUUCCAUUCAUUGCAGAUGUUACCUAAGUCUAUAACGAUAGAGAGAUAUGUGUGUGUGUCUGCCUAUGUGUAUACAUAUAUAUAUGUGUUUUGCUUUAUUUAAACUAGCAAAAGUUUGUUUUGGGCGGUCCUUUUGAAUAAAGGUGCGUUUUAAUCCACACUCAGACAAAUUGAUUGCCCUUGAUUUAAAUUCUAGACAAUGGAUUCAAAUAGAUCAAAAUCAUUUGAUUCAGACAAAUUGUCUGAACAAACCUUUGCACAGGUCUAACUGAAACUGUUCUUUUCAAUUAGGCACAGGAUGCUUUGAAGAAAUUUGCAGCAAAAGUCACAACAGCCAGUGUGAAGGAACGCAGACAAAUCCUCAAUGAGCUGAAAUCCUGCAUCACAGGAAAAGGUGGGAUUAAUUAAUCAAAUCUGAAUAUAGAAAUCAUGUAGAUUAUUGGUUAAGGUGUUAUUUUCCAUUCUUAUUUAUGAACAUAUUAUUAUUAUUAUUAUUAUAAUUAUUAUUAACAUAUGGCAAGCCAUGUACAAGUUAUGGUUUAUAUAAGUAUAGUAUAAUUUUCUUGGCUGCUGUCUUUGAGACCCAUACUGUGUAAUAAUAUUCGGCUUUAAAAUACAAGAUGUUUGCAAACAGUGUAAUAGUUAAGGUUCACUCUAAACAUUAUCACAGCUUUGCAUUAUUGGAAGUAUUUAUAAUUACCGUGCACCCUGCAGCUAGUCUUCAGCUCUGAGAGUGGCUUAGAUCUGCAGUAAUUUGAAAAAAGCCUCAUAGAGCUGUCAAUAAGGCAACCCAGAGCAAGAAUUCUGAGCUGUCUAUAUCAAUUGUUUAUUUUUUUGGUGUGCAGUGCUUGCAUACUGUACUCAAAACUUAGACUGCCCACGUUUACAGUCUGCUCAACUCACAGCUUAACAGAGCCUGAUUCACUAAACAAUGAACUGUGCUAUGCUAUCCAUUUAACUGAGCCUUUCUAGUCAUGUGAUGAGUAGAACUGCUCUUUGGGUAUAAAUUACUUAACCCAUAAACUAUUACUGGGCAAGGAUGUAUGUGCUAAUAUCAGGCCCCAUAGAACAGAAUCGGAGACUCAUGACUUGCUGGAAGACCAACAAAACUUUGGAACUUUUAAGGUGGGAACGAGAAUUAUUUGUUGUCUUUAUCAGUUGUGUCCUAGUUUGCAUGUGGCAUCUGUUUGCUACGUGUUAGGCGGAGUUCCACUUAUCACAUGACUGUGGCUAAACAGUGAACUGGGGUCUGUGUCUAAUAAUAGCAGCUAUUAUUAGACACAUAGUCAAGCUCAUCUCAUUCUAUGUGUGGAACUGCUCUUUGGGGUAAAAUACUUAUCACCUAAAUCCAUUCUCUAAGAUCCAAAUCCAUAAAUCAGAAUGAGAUACUCCUGAUUUGGUUGCAGACCCACCAAAUACUGAUUUAGCCUGGAACUUCUAAAGUGACUUAUCUGUAUUUUUUUCUAAAAAAAUUUUUUAUGCAGUAUGUAUAUAGUGCUUAAUAGGGGGUUCAAUUUAUUUUACAUUUUCUUUAAAUAAAAUCCUUAUUAUUAAAAAUGGCAAUUAUGUACAAAUGUUUUCUUUUUAAGAAAGGUGUAAUGUGGCAAAAUUCAAGUUUAAUAUGCUUUCAAUCAAGUUCUCCACGACAGAACUACUUGGCGGUGACUCCUGACAUUUUCCUUUUGGGUCCAACCACAUCUUCUCUUAAUACUAUUGUUUCAUUGUGUAUCCUUUCUACCAUUGAUCGGUGCACUCAAAACAUUCCAAUAUAUAAUCUUUAUUAAAUUAUCUUUAUUUGAUUUAUAAAAGACUUAAAAAAUACAGGAAAGGGAGUAUAACAAUCCUCCCAAAAACAUACAAUUACAAAACAGAAGUAUAUCUUUUACUUUUAUACAGAAAUCUGCAUUGACCUUCCAAAUACAUUUGACAACACAGGAAAUAAACAAACAAGACCGGACAAACAUUAUUGGUCAUUCUCCAUCCCAGCAUAAUACUAGGUCAGAGAGCUCACCACUUACUACCAAACCCCCCCUCCCAAAAAAGAGAUAAGCUCGGUGCCAAAAAUACAUUCAAGUGACUAAACAGUAAUAUAUAGACCUAAAACCCUAUGCAAUCAGAAUAUCCGUGUCAGGGAUCAUCUUUGGAUGUUAGAUCCAUUAAUUCUCAACACUUAAAACCUGUUAGUCCUUUCUUGAAGGGUGAUAUAUAGUUCCAAUAUUCUAUGAUUAGAAAUUAAAUUCAUAGAAUAUACACCGUUUUCCAUCUCUAACUGGUAUAACACUUGGGUUUUUAGUUGGUCCUUAGUAGGAACCUCUAUAUACGUCUCCAGUGUCUAGCAAUUAGGAUCUUAGUUGCGAAUAAACAAUGAGUAAGAGCCAUAUCAGUUUCUUGAUUCGUAUCUGGUCAUAUUAUAUGUAAUAGAGCUAACUCUGCCUUUUGUUCGAAGCGUUUGUCCGCUAAUAAAUAAGAUUAAAGGUCAAAUUCCACAAGGAUUUAAUUCUGGGGCAGGACCACCAAAUGUGUAGCAACGAUCCGUCUGGAUGAAAACAGCGCCAACAAUUAGGCGGAUUAGUCUGAUAAAUUUUUGCUAGUCGUACAGGGACCAUAUACCAUCUGUAUGCAAUUUUAAUAAAAGUUUCCAAAAUAUUCAAACAAUGGAUAUAUUUUUUUUUUUUGUCCUCAAAAAAGACUUACACCAAAUAUCCAAUGGUAUAUUUAUCGCUAAUUCAGCUUCCCAUUUUAUUAGUAAUUCAUGUGUAUGGUUUCUUUUGCUUUCCAGAGCUUCCAGAACCAGCAGUAAAAGGUCUCUGCAAGUUAUUCUGUUUAACAUUGCAUCGUUAUCGGUGAGUACCCAGACAUUCCUGUAAAACUUUGCUCUUGGAUCCAGUUAUUUCACCAGUGUUAUUUGAAUGCUUUUCUACAGAGAUGCAGCGUCCCGCAGAGCUCUUCAGUCUGUUCUCCAGCAACUGGUGGAAUCUCAGCCAGAUGUUACUGCUAAGAAUUUGUUGCAGUCAUUACAGUCUUUUGGUGUUGGGACAAAAAACGUAGAGCCCAGGUAAAUUACAGACUGAGGGGAUCAAUCGGAAGAUUGUUUUGGUUGAUUUUAGUUAUUCAUAAUUCAUUUUUAUUUGAUCUAUUUGCAGUAAGUGCAGUGGUUCCGCUGCAGCACUAGCCUUAUCUUGGACGUGUGUUGUAACAAGAGUUGUAUUUUCAACGCCAGACAAACGGCAAGGGGAAACAUGGAAGAAGUUGGUACGUGUUUUGGGUGCAUUUCAUUCAUCUUUUUUAGUUAAAAAAACAUGCAUCGCUAAUUAAAAAAAUAAAUACAAUUUAAACCAGCAAGGAAACAAUUUUAAACAAAUAUACAAUCCAAAAUAAGCAAGAAAAUCGUUAAAAAGCAUAUAACACACAUUUACAAACUUGGUCAAAUGCAUUGAUGGUCAUACCUCAGCAACAUCCCCACCCCCCCCAAACACAACAGGGAGAGCUAAAACUAGGAACUUGCUCUGAUCAGAUUUUCUCGUCUGCAUGUUACAAAGAGAUUUAUGUGACUGUCAGGCAUAACACUUUUUUUUUUUAGUAUUCAUAUGGAUAGGACACUGGUUAGAUCAAAGUCCCUAGUGAAGUGGGUGUAGAAUGCACAAGAAAGAAGCAGGUAAAUAUGAAUACAAAUCAUAUUUACCUGCUUUUUCAGCCUGCAAAGUGAGGCAACUGUCUCAUUCAAAGCAAAAGAUUUUGGAUGAGACAGUUGUCUCAAAGUGAUGCAUGUCCCUUAAAAUAGUCUGUAUGUUAUGUAUACUGUAUGCUAUGUAUACUUAAUACAUGCUCUGUAUGUCUAUUUUCCAUCCCUGGUUUUGAAAUUUCCUCUCAGCUCUGUAUCUUUCGUCAUCCCCUUCAGUUGACAAAGCUGGCUAUUCAUUAAUUUCUCUUAUUAGGUGGAGUGUCAGUCUUUCCUUCUGAUGGAGAUAUUAGGAGGAUCACACAGGCAUGCUGUGCUUGGGUCUUCGAAGAAGAUGACUUCACUGUGGAAAGAGGUAUGUAAAAUCUUGUCUACCUGGAGACAGGCAAUUUUGUUUCUCCCUCCUUACCUCCCCAGAAAUAUGGGUUUUAAAUGUAACUUCCUUCCUCCCCUCCCUCCCAAGAAAUGUGAGUUAUAAAUGUACAAAUAAAGGUUACUGUCUGUGCUCAUUUGCAUGAUCAGCAUGGAAUUCUGGGAGGGUUGUGGAAAUGCAGUCUUUCUUCCUUUCUUUUUUUCUCUCCCUCUCCUAUAAUGACCGUGUUUUGUUGUCUACAGAAUCCUGGUCUUGUGGAACAAUACCUGGACACCAUAUUUAGCCUGGAGUCAAGCCAGGCAUUUGCUGGUAUGCUUGGCCUCUCUGUGCAGUUUUGCACAAAACACAGAUAUGUGGAAAUGCUCAACACAUACAAGGUAUGUUUAUGGAGUGUCCCAUGAUGUUUAUACAUGAAAUUUGUUCAUUAAAUUGGUAAUCUACUUUUACUGUUUAUUGUAUACUGUGAGCUUUUUCCUUUCAGAACAACCUUCUUGAAUUCUAUGUGAAGAAUGUGCUCAUGAGUAAAGGAAAACCUCAGAAAUACCUACUGGUGAGUAUCAUGCCGCGGUCUGAGUCAAUGUUUUGAUUGGUCUGACAAAUGAAAGUACACUAAUAUAUUCUUUGAUUUUAGGAGAGUUGUAUCCCACUGAUACAACAUUUUUCCCAUUCAGAGUUUAAGGAUCAGAUUUUACCCGUGUUGCAAAAAUCUCUUCUCCGCAGCCCAGAAAAUGUGAUUGAAAGUAAGUGCUCCAACAGCUAAUGUUUAGAAUAUUUGAAUGUUAUUUAUUUGGUGUAAGAUAAAAGCUAGUGCUUGCCUGAUAGUCAAAUAGCACAACACUCCCUUUAAUAGAACUGAGAUGUUGCACUACAGUCAAGAUUAUUAUCUAUCGUGUAUAUUGCUGGGAAUUUAAGUGAAUUUCAUAUUUCGGCCAAACGAGACAAGUUGAAAAAAUAAAUAAAAUUCAAAUCUCACUUUUUUUUUGUUUUCCGUUUAGCUGUUUUGGCCUAAAAAUUCACUUUGCAUUUCAGACAAUCCACAUUUUAGUGCAAACAAGCCUGUAUGGAGUCAUCGUCAUUAAAAUGCAGAUAUAAGUCAUGAUUGGCUAAACUUAUUUAUAUGGAAUAAUUAUUCAUGCUUUUGUUUUUCAGCAAUUUCAUCUCUGUUUGCCUCUGUAACACUUGAUCUAAGCCAGUACGCCCUUGACCUUGGAAAAGGUCUUGCAGGUAUAUACGCAUCAUGUGAUGGAACGUGUUAGGCAUAGUUUGUAAAAUAUUUUUUUUUUUUUUUUUUUUUUUAAAUUUAUGAAUUUUAACUUGAAUAUUUUAGGGACUUUUUUGUUUUAUUGGUACUCCCUUUAGUGGAACUUAACUCUAGAUUUAUUAUAGUUCUUCUUGUAUCCAAUGAUGAUUUUAUUUCCUCUGUGGAGUACUAAUAAUUGCAUUUUAAUUCUCUAUUUAUUUGAAGGUCAGCUAAAAUCAAACAACUCAAACCUUAUGGAUGGAGCUGUAGUUGCUUUGCAGAACCUGGCACAUCAAUGUAGUGACUCAACUGCAGUUGAGGCACUUGGUAAACACUUGCUUGCCAUCUUAGGAGGUAAGGUACCAAUGCAGCUUUGAGAAAAUUGAUGAGCUGUUGUAGUUGGAGCAUAAUAGUAAUAAUUCUUUUCAUUUUAGGUUCAGAGGGCAAACUGACAGCUGUGGCUCAGAAAAUGAGUGUCCUCUCCGGUAAGAUUGCUAAUGCUGUGAAUCUAAAUGUAGGCAGCUAGUUAAAGUGGCUCUGUCUCCUGGUGUCUUUGAAUAUUUUGCAAAGACCCCUGAUGGUGACUUUGCCUCUUGCAGUGUGGUGGCCGCAGGGUGCAUAGAAAGGCGAGUCUUACCUACUUGAACCAAUCCCUCAUGGCUACCUCAAUCCUCUUCAGCUCCUGGUGAUAUUUCUUCCCCGAACCAACGUUAUUGCUAUACUCUUGUGCAUGUACGAGAAGGCACCAAUAUCUAUUGAGACGACUGAGGUAGCCUCCAUAGACAAAGCCUUUUUCUCCUCAGACUUCACUAGUGAUAGUGCAGGACAUGACAGUGGUAGCUCCUCCUUGUCAAGCGUAGGAAAAAUACAUGAAACGUGUUAUCUUCUGACUGAAACCGAAUUUGAUUGAAAUUGCAACACAGUCAAUAUGAGUAUUUCAGUCAUUUUAUCUUUAUGAUUUUAUCUUAAUAAAUGUCAGUGUUUUUAAGUAACUUCUCUUCACUUACUGUAACAAGCAACUGCCAUAACUUGGAAGACCCAUGGAAAUAUAUAUUCCACACUUGUAUUCAUAAUAUAUAUUGUCUGAUAAUUUUCACAAUAAUUGUUUAAUAUUUUCUAUAUUGCCGCUCAUAUUCAAAAGAUCAGUCUGUUAUCUCCUUGCUUUGUUUUUUACAAUCUUUUUUUCUUCUUCCUCCUCCUUUUCAGGCAUUGGUAGUCUUAGUCACCAUGCUGUUUCUGGAAGUUCCAGCCAAGAGCUCAGUAGGAUAAUUUCAGAAAUGUUUAUUCCUUUCCUUCAGCAGGAAGGUAAGAACAUUUAAGAUGUGAACUGUUUAACCAACACACAUUAGUGUGUCCUUCGGAUGUCUGUGUUGAUAUGCACAAAACAUUUAAGUACAUAAGAACAAAACAGAUCUAAAGCUGUUUGCUGUUUUUUUUAUAGUUUACUGUGGAGAUUAACUAUAGUGGAAAAAAUAUGCACUAUAAGGUUAGCUCAAAAUGAAAGUUAUUACCUGGUGCUUAGUCAGUCAUAAGGAUACACAUUUUCCAAAGGAAGAUAACACUCUACGUAGAUUUAAUUUUUUUUUUAUUUUUUUUUUUAAAUGUGACGUUUGCGACUGAUAAACGUUUCAACAUCACAUAAAAGCUUUCAUCAGGACCAGGUCCUGAAGAAAGUAUGCACUGUCAAACUGAAACGGUGUCUAAAUAAACAGCCAUUUGUGUUCUUUACCAAGAAGUCCAGUGCACAAGGUUUUUGUGUGUGUGUGUAUAUAUAUUAUAUGAUCUAAAAAUAUAGUGGGGAUAGCUAUAAUUUAAAUACCUUAGGGUCGUUUUCCUGGCACUAUAUGGUCUUUAGGUCCCCCCCCCACCCUCAGGGUCCCACUCCUGCCAGGCGGGGGAAGACGGGAUUAAUCCCUUACCUUUCUCUAGCGCCGGGGACUCUCCUCCCUCUUCAACCACAUGCGCGGCAAGAGCCGCGCGUGUAUUCAGUCAGUCCAUAGGAAAGCAUUCUCAAUGCUUUCCUAUGGACCCUGGCGUCUUCUCACUGUGAAAAUCACAGUGAGAAGCGCGGAAGUGCCUCUAGCGGCUGUCAAUGAGACAGCCACUAGAGGCUGGAUUAACCCAUAUGUAAACAUAGCAGUUUCUCUGAAACUGCUAUGUUUACAGCUGCAGGGUUAACCCUAGAUGGACCUGGCACCCAGACCACUUCAUUGAGUUGAAGUGGUCUGGGUGCCUAUAGUGGUCCUUUAAUGUUAUGUGCAGGUUUUUGUGCUGCUUUAGAUUUAUUGAACUUUUAUGCAAUGCAUUUUUUACUUAUUUUUUUUUUUCCUUUCUAUAUAUCUAAGUUCAUGAAGGAACUCUAAUACAUGCUGUGUCGGUGCUUGCUCUGUGGUGUCAAAGGUUUACAACUGAGGUCCCCAAGAAGCUAAUAGAAUGGUUUCAAAAAGCCUUUGUUCUAAAGACUAGCACAUCUGGAGUAAGACAUUCCUAUUUGCAGUGUAUGCUGGUGACAUUCAAAGGUAAGUUCAUUUAUUUGCAUUGGCUAAUUAAAUGAUGACCUGGUUUGCAUAAAUAUCUACCUAGUAUAGUAGUGCUUUUUUCUUUUUUUUGCCUUAUGUCGUGUGAGGAGGUAAACAUAUGCAGAACAAGUAUCUAUCUAUCUACAUACACACACUCACCAGAAAUAGCCUUUUGUAUGUACCACCAAGGCAAACCUUUCCUAUUGCUGCUAAUAAUCUCAAGUAAAAUAUUAUACUAAAGAAUUAAGUUAUUUAAUGUGAACUAUAAUGUUCGUUAAUAGUUACCUUUUUAAUGUAAAAAGUUGAGACCUGCCUUUGGUAUAUCUAUUCUCUGUACAACAUCUGUUUUUGUUCCAUAGGUGAUACACUACUGCAGGCUUUAGCGUUAUUACCCACACUCAUUCAAACUGUGGAGAAGACCACAUCACAAACAACACAAAUAUUUAUGUUGGCAGAAGCUCUGGCAGCCGCUGUUCUGAUAUGCAGAAUUUCAGUAGCAGAACCUCAAACUGGUAAGUGUCUAAACAAGUGCAUUGUGGGACAUGCUGACCAUUCUAUUUCAUUCUAUUUCCAUUGUUUAUCACAUUUUCCCUCCUUGUUUUUUAAAAGUUUAUUACAUUUAAUGAAACUUCGGGAUAAAUAAAAUUUAAAAAAUGUGUGUGUAUUGUUUUAUUUUUAUUUUUUAAAUAGCUGAGCAGCCAUGUUGGGCCAGACUUUUCUGUUUUCUGGCCAACUACUGCUCAGCCUGACUUGUCUGUUUCUGUAAUUUCUGUGUGUUAUCCUGCAGCCACAGGCAAGUCCGGUUCAAUAACAUUGGAGUCUGACACAACAUGGCUGAUCAGCUAGAUGAAAAAAAAUAUAUUUUUUAUAUAUAUAUAUAUAUAUAAUUUAAAAACAUAUUACAUUUCAUUAACUAUAAUAAACAUUUAAAAACAAGAAGUGAAAAUUUGAUGGGACACUCUGGGCACUAAAACAACUAUUAGUGUGAUUGAAGUUUUAGUCUCUUUAACAUGCUGUUAGUUUUGUGUGAAUAAAUAUGGUUACCUUUUGCAAAAAUAAAGUCAACUUUGGCAGGUUUCUGUACUAUAAACCUGCGUCUGUGGCCCCGCUCCCCAUUAUAACAUUCAUUCUGGCUUAGCCCAGUAUCUACGUAGCUCAGCCACUGACAACAUGGAGUAGUGAUUUGAGCUGCAGACCAGAAACUGGCAUGGCAAGGAGAGGACAGAUGGCAGGCAUUCUGUACCUAUAUCUCUACAUGUCUGCUCUUCUGUUUACCUUUCAUUACCAUCUUUUUACAACUCAUUGAAUUCUUUGUAUGUGUGCGCACCAGGUUAUUACCUCUGCUACGUUUUCAUAGCUUCCCUGCCCCUUUCCUGUCUGUCAACUAAUCGUGAUGGUCUGCAGCAGGAGAGAGGAGGUGUGGCCUUGUGAUCCGUGUCUCUGGGGAAGCGGAAGGAGAUGGUUUGUUUCUCCUUAUCUGUGGAGGGGAUUUAGUGAUUACUUGUAUAUGUGUGUUGUUGAGGUAGUCAGUGGGUCCAGUGUGGGUGUACUUGGAUGGGGUAGGUCUUCUGUUGUGCUGGUCUUCCAGCAUUUCCAUUUGCAGUGCAAUGGUACUAAAUUCAAAGUGGAAUGUUGAGUACACUGGGCUGAAAAAUGCCAUUUAGUAUAGGUACAUAAUUUCUAAUACUAACUGGCAUUGCAGUUACAGUUAGUACAAAUAGCAUUGCACACUGAAAUGCCAUUUUAUUGUUAAUGUAAUGUAUUGACAGUAUGAUGUACAUAGUUCUUAUCACCAUGGACUUCAUACUGACUGGUCAUAAACCAGAUUCUAAAAUGGAAGCCAGCUAGGAUUCUCUGGCAAGUCCAGCUUGGCAGAGUAAAAGGUGGAAAGCAAAAGUAUUUAAAAACAAUUUCCACAUUUUUGGAAAUUCAGUCUGUUCUUUUACAGAGAAACUCUUAAUUUGUAUUAUUUAAAGUAAAGGAUUAUGUGUAUUAUAAUCUCUCUAUUAUUUUGGAUUCACUUUAUAUUCAUUACAGGAUAAUGCACGCAGUGGCUAAAUUAAAUGACAUUUUCCCCAUUUCUUUAUUUAACAAAACAAAAAAGCAGUUUUCCUUGAAGUGGUUAUAAAAACUUUUUAAAAAUAAUGUAUUGUUCUGAGUAAAAUAGUAACAUUUGACCAUUUAACAAACAUUUUUACUUUUCAGUGUAAGUAAAUAUUCCAUUUUCUUUUUACUUGUCUUUAUUUCUUGUAGAGGCAAAACUUGGCACCUUCUGGCAAAUACUGGGGGAUGAGAAGAAACAGAUUUUCACCUCAGAGAAAUGUAUUUCUUCAGCUUCAGAAGACUGUAAGUGAGCUCAGAUCCCUAUUCACUAUUGUAACUGUCACUGCCAGCAGGCUCAACAUACUACUGUUUAACUUAACUGGCUGCAUAGAUUGCAUUUGCAGGAGUACUAACUAAGCUCACUGCCUGUGCAAGGAAUCAAGGAUUUUUUUGUCUCUACGAAUAUAAUAUAAACGUUGACUUCUGUGGACAUUUUAAUUAUAACACUGCUUUAACUGCUUUAGACAUUUAAAGUGCAUUUCAUGUUUAAGACCAAAGUUGCUGAUUUUGAAGCACAGCAAAGAAAAAGUUUCUAGCUCAGCUGUUUUAUCUUGAUUUGAAAUUCACUUUGAAUUCUCACAAUGACUCUGUUCAGUGAGGCAGUAGACGAGGUCGUGCACUGUCAGGCAGGCCAGCUAAUUCAUAUUCAGCACACUAACACUAACAAUGUAACCUGUGUGAUUGGUUGAUUCAAAACUGUAAUCUUGUAUGCCUGUUAAACUGAUUAUUGAGAUGGAUAUGGUAAGACGUAUAGCCAGGGACUACAUAGAAUGGCUUAGCUCAGUGGAUAGAACCUGAGCUGCAGUGCCUCAAAGUGGCAAGUUUCAUUCCUGGCAAGUUUAACCCAGCCUCUCAUCCUUUCAGGAUUGAUACAGUGAGUUUCAUUGAGUUGUGUAGUAUCUGGUUCCUUGAAUGUACUUGAAAACUAGUGAAAGUUAAAUAUACAUUUCCUGGUUACAUACUUGAAAUGUUUUGCAAAUCAAUAAUUAUAUUUAGCAGGCAUAGUAAUUGACAAUUGUAACUGUCUAGUGAUCAAACAUGCUGCUGUUCAUUUUAUUUGGAUAAGAUUUGCCUUUGUUUAUUUGUAACUUUGGAAAAUAUACACUUCAAGGUUGAUUGUGGAUUUUUUUUUUAUUUACACAUUCUUGUUGUAAUAUGUAUUUGUUCUCUAGCUCUUUGCAUAUUGCUACAGCUGAUUGAGAGACUCCUCCUUGAUCAUGCGCAUUGGAUACCCGACAGCAAAGCAUUGUAAGUUUAUUUUUUAACCUAAAAAUGCAAACUCUACAAAAAUCUUUUAUAUUGUGACCUUAUUCAAUGUCCAGAUUGCUUAUUGUCUCUGUUAUACAUGUUCUCAUGUAGCCCUUAUUAUCGUGCUCUGGUCAGUAUCCUGCUGAAUCGCUCAUGGAAAGUACGGAAACAGGCCCAGCAGACGGUCAAAAAGCUUCUGGCAUCCCUUGGGGGACCAAAGCUAGUGUAUGGUCUUUUGGCAGAAUUAAAAGUUGUACUGAAUUCAAACAAGGUGAGUUUAUUUGAUUACCAAUUUUCAUGACCAUGUGGUUAAUUUUUUAAGGAUCACACAAUACUUCUCUGGGCACCAACCAAACUCAAGUUCAUUUGAUUGAUUUUGUCCUCUUUUUCAUGCUGUAGUUUUCUCCACAUUAAAAACCUUUAAGAAGCCCAACACUAUCCAUUGGCCAUGUCUUAUCUUUUUAUAAAGCAACUUCUUUAUUGGAUCUAUUAUUGGCUGUACAUACUCUAUAUCUGCCUUACAGAAUUUAAUAUCAGUGGAUACUCCUCAUACGGAGUCUGAAGAAGGGGCAGAAUUAGGGAAGUCUCAUCUAUUUCCACGGUUCCUUCAAGAAGCGUUAUAUGUGCUCAUCUCUUUGCCUGGGUUGGAGGUUGACGUAGUGGAAGCAGAAAAGCUCGCUCUUGAGUUAUUGAUUCUGGCAAAUCAUCCAUCCGUUGGUAAAUAAUGUAUAUAAAAAGCCUUCUAAUACAACUUGGUCACACUUCGCUGUUUGCUUGAUCUUUCAGUCUCUGUCGUUAAACAGGCACUGUAUAUGCUGACCUUUGGGUAGAUCUUUUACAUAAGAUGAAGAUUGAACCAGCUGAAUUCAUUGACAAACACUUUGAUGAUAUUAUUCUUAUAAUCAUGCCACAGGCUGCUGCAGACCAGGUGAUUGCAUGUGAUGUUAACAUAGAUGUGUACAAUAAAUGUCAAAAUUUAAUGGCAUAAAAUAAAAUUUUUACAUUUAUUUUUAAUAAAUUGAAGUUUGCAUUUAUUUGAUUUUCAGUCCUUAUUAUCCCAAUAAAAAUACAUUUUAUUUCUAGGCAUCUCUUAAUGCUGCUGGUUUGCUGUCUCGUCUUUCUCCUGGUAAAGUUCUGCCGCGACUGAUUGGAAUCAUCACUGAAUCCCUGGAAAACCCAGCACUCGGUCUCGUUACUCGUGAAGAAUUUGCCAUAAUGCAAACACCCGAGGGGGAGCUGUAUGAUAAAUCUAUUAUAUUAAGGUGAGAAACUUUGUCAUCGCAUACUAGUGUCCUAUUCUAACCAUAUAUAUUAUAUAAAUAUUAGAGUCUCUGCUUUUUUCUUUUAGUGCUCAACAAGAUAGUUUGAAAAAAGCCAACAUGAAGAGAGAGAAUAAGGCAUAUUCUUUUAAAGAGCAGAUCAUUGAACUGGAACUAAAAGAGGUAUAUAUUUUAUCUGCUUAUUGAAAACGUGUCAGCAUCACACUAGUGACAUCCUCUUGCAGAGUUUACUAUUCAUAUAUUGUGUCUAUUGCUGUAAUCGUUAACUCUUUAUUGCAGGAGAUAAAGAAGAAGAAAGGAAUAAAAGAAGAAUUGCAACUAACAAGCAAACAGAAGGAAAUGGUUCAAGUACAACUGGAGAAAGAGAGCCAGAUACGCAAGAGACUGCUCCAGGUGAGGACUUAAUGGCAUUGACUUGCAAAAGGGGUAUUUACUAAGAUUUGUCACUCGUGUGGAUGUGUACUAAAAUCCUUCUGAAAUAUUUAAAUAGUGAUGAUCUUGCACCACUAUUUGAUAAUGAUCGGUUGGUUUGAAGAUAUCAUUUCCUUUGUUUUUGGACACCCCAUUUCAUAAACGGUGUGUCUCUCCAAAAAAUAAGUUAUUUGUCAAUCUAAAUAUUUUUUAUGCUCUAGAUAGAGCAAAUGUUUUAACAAUAUUUUGGAGUGUCUAGUACUUGGACAGUUAUAUAUUAUUAGUUUUAUGUUGUCUUUAAGCAGUUGUGAAACAUUGCCUUUUGUGUCUUAUUGUCGGAAGUCAUUUAAAAAGUGUUUUCUGAUAAGCCUUCAGAAGAUUUCAGCCCGAUUCUUACUUGUUUUUUGUUUUUAUUUUUCUUCUAGAUGGACAUGGACUUGGAAAACAUUACAAAGCUUUUGUCAUGCAUUAUACAGCAAAGACCAUCUAGUCUAUCUUACCAUAUCCCGACUCUGAUCAGCUGCUUCCUACCACUGUUAAAGUCUCCUUUAGCUGCGCCUCGAAUUCAGGAACUUUAUGUUGCACUCGCUGGAUGUGUUAUGCCAGCUCAUUUGAAAACAUUUGGUAGGCAAUUUUCUUUUCAGUUUGAUUUCUAAUUUAAUGAUUUUAAUGAUUAUCAUUUUUUUAUAUAUAUAUAUUUUCUUUUUAUUAUUUUACCUACAUAUUUAUUUAUUUUUUCCCAGAACUGGCUAAUGCAAUCUCCUUUUGUUUCCAUAGGGUCUUUGGUUGCUCACAUAACCCUCCGUUUGUUAAACCCAGAAUGUAAUAUAGAUGCUGCUUGGUGUGAAGAAGAACUACCAGUGGCUGUUAAGAGAGCCGUGACUCUCUUACAUUCAUACACAGUCCCUAAACGUAAAGAGGAUCCAGGUAAGAAAGAUCUUUCAAGUCAUGUAGCUUUAUCCAUGCAUCACACUGGUUGCAUGAUGAGAAAAUUAAUUUCAACUUUGAAGUUGUCUUUUAGGCUUUUCUACAUUUAAACCCAUUCUGAUAUCAAGAACAUUUUUAAUUUCUUCCUUCCCUGUCCAGAUGUUUCUUCCUUGUCAGCACCAGCAUUCUCCUUUGUCUUCCCACUCAUAAAAAUGGUUCUGAUGGAAACGACCAACGAUUGUGAAGAAAAGGAGGAACUUCUGAUUAAAUCUCUGCAGAUCCUUACCGUACAUUCGCAGCUGAGAUCCUCAAAGAACGAAACUGAACUUCUUGAUGAGGUGAGUGUGAAGCAUGGAGAGACCUGGAAACUUAAUAAAUCAAUAACUAAUAUAAUUUAUUUGUUACACAAGCUGCAAGAUGCACAGCUUUCACAGCACCUUUUUCAAAAUGUUCUUUCUACAGAAUGGGCCAGAGUUGCUUCCUCGCACAGAUAUGCUUCUCCUUCUAACAAGAAUAAUCGGGACAGCUUCCCCAAGAUUACAAGUGCGUGCUGCUCCUUAUUGUAAAAGGGAAUUUAUUAACUUUUGUUUUUUUUCAAGUUUCUAGCUCUGUUUGGAUUACACAAUUCUACCCAUCAUUAUGCUCUUCACAGGUUCUAGCAUCUAACACACUGACAACAUUAUGUACAAGCUGUGGGGGAGGUGAAGGGUGUACCUAUGCCGAACAGGAGGAGAUUGAUGUUUUACUCCAGGCUUUACAGUCCUCCUGCUCAAAUGUGCGGGAUGCCUCUCUACGGGUGAGCCGAUUCUCAUUUCAUUUAGCUUUUUAUUCUUUUUAAUAGUCAUUUUCCUUUCAUUCCUUUGAUGUAAGCCCAUGGUGAUUACAUCUUUUCAUUAUAUUUUACUCCUGUGUGCAGGCUAUUUAACUGAUGUUUGUUUUUGUUAGGGACUGGUGGAGCUUGAGCUGGUUUUACCGACUCCAGACAGUGAUGAGAAGAAUGGGUUGAAGUUGCUGCACAGACUCUGGGUGAUGAAGUUUGAUGUGGAAGAAGAAAUAAAAGCACAAGGUGAAAGGUGAGAAAUCUGUCAUGAUCCUUGUUUUCGAAUGUUGGUUUUACUUCUGAUCACAAAAACCUCUGAUUAGACUUCAUUUAACACAUAUUUAUAUAUUUUUUUCCAAUAAAGAUUUUGGGAGUCCAUGGGCUUGGAGUUACAGCCUGAACUCUGCUCGCUGCUGAUUGAUGAUGUUAUUUAUCACGAGGAAGCAGUGAGACAGGCUGGAGCAGAGGCCUUGUCACAUGCAGUAGAGGAAUAUUGUGAUCAGGCCACUGAGGUCAUGAAGAAACUGAUUGAAUUAUAUCAUGAGAAGCUCUAUGUAAGUCCACAAAAAAAAUUAUUAUAUUAAUUGGCUUCAUCUGCCAUGAGUGAGGUUUUUUCUAAGAUCAUGGAUUUUGUGAGUGAACCCUCUCCAUUAAGAAAAUGAAGGGUUGUGUGCAUGUACAUAAGUGUUCAGGACUAAACAUUGCCUUCGUCUUUUAAGUUUGUGUGCUAAUGGAAGAGAAGCAUUUGGUCAGUGAGUGUAUUCACCACUUGCACAAAAAAUAACUGUAAUUGUAAUCUUUGCACUUUUACAAAACAUCUUUUUCAUAAGUUUCCACUUUUUAUUUCAGCGUCCACCUCCUAUUCUAGAUGCUUUAGGUCGAGUUAUUUCCGAGUCUCCUCCUGAUCAGUUUGAAGCUAGGUAAGUGUUUUUGUUUUGUUUUUACACCAGUGACCUAGUAGGACCUUUCGUUGACAAUUCAAAGUAAAUUAAACCAUAAUUCUUUGAUGUAAUGUGUCUAUUGGUAUUGAGGUAUACUGAGGUUAAGAUCUUUGUUUUCAGGUGUGGCAUAGCUCUGGCACUAAACAAGCUGGCUCAGUAUUUAGACAGCGCUGAGGUCACUCCACUCUUCCAGUUCUUUGUUCCUGAUGCACUUAAUGAUCGAAACCCUGAAGUCAGAAAAUGUAUGUUAGAUGCUGCUUUAUCUGCACUAAAUACACAUGGAAAGGUCAGUAUUAAUGUUCAAAUAUGUAAUCCAUUUGUUGUACAUUUUCUUUAGGCUUUGUGGUGGGAUCAAUGUUGAUCUUCCCUCAAAAUGUGGGUCACCUCAAAAUGCAUACAAUGUUUUUUACAGCCUUAGUCUUCCCAUUCAGGGUAUUAUUAAAUCUUGUGUUGCAGGAGAGUGUAAAUUCCUUAUUACCAGUGUUUGAAGAAUUCUUAAAGAAUGCACCAAAUGAUGCCAAUUAUGAUGCAGUGAGACAAAGUGUCGUCAUUCUUAUGGGAUCGUUGGCAAAACACUUGGAUAAAAGCGAUCCGAAGGUUAAACCAAUUGUUGCCAAACUGAUUGCUGCGCUCUCUACCCCAUCGCAGCAGGUGAGCCUUUUCAAACCUACAAUGCAUAAUGUACAGGUGUAAUUUCCAUUUUAUGAAUGACAUAUCUCAAUAACACUUGCCUGCUUUCUGAAAGGUUCAAGAAUCGGUAGCUGGCUGCCUGCCACCUCUUGUGCCAGCCAUUAAAGAAGAUGCCGGUGGAAUGAUUCAGAAGCUCUUGGCCCUCCUUCUGGAAUCUGAUAAGUACGCAGAACGUAAAGGCGCAGCAUAUGGUUUGGCAGGGCUGGUUAAAGGCUUAGGAAUCCUGUCCCUGAAGCAGCAGGAUAUGAUGACCACGCUUACUGAAGCCAUCCAAGACAAAAAGAAUUUCCGACGCAGGGAGGGUAUGUAGUAUACGUUAUUCACAUUGCUUCAGGCUUGAUUGUGGAUAGAUCUGUACAGCUGUUUCCCUUCUUCCAGGUGCUUUGUUUGCAUUUGAGAUGCUAUGUAACAUGCUCGGAAAGCUUUUUGAGCCCUAUGUGGUCCAUGUCUUACCUCACCUUCUGCUGUGCUUUGGAGAUGGCAAUCAGUAUGUGAGAGAGGUUAGUAGAAUACACAAUGUUCCAGCUUUUCCUCCCACCAGUGUAGCAUUAAAUGGUUAAUUCCAUUGAUAUUUUUCCCAGGCAGCAGAUGAAUGUGCCAAGGCAGUUAUGAGUAAUUUGAGUGCCCACGGAGUGAAGCUUGUUCUUCCAUCAUUGCUGGUAGCUCUAGAAGAGGAAUCUUGGAGAACCAAAGCUGGUAUUUAUAUAUCUGUCCUUUUCAGUAAUGUGUCUUUGCCAGAUUUAGUAUCUACUGCCAUCUGCUCUCUCUGAAUAUGUUUCUUUUUAAUAUGUCAAAGCUAUGAUUCACUGUAGCUGGCUUAUGAUGUUCUUCCCUAAUGAUGGUGCAGUCAUUUUGUUAUUGUAAUGUGUUUCAAACAGGAUCCAUUGAAUUAUUGGGUGCCAUGGCUUACUGUGCCCCGAAACAGCUGUCCUCUUGUCUCCCAAAUAUUGUGCCUAAGCUCACUGAAGUACUGACUGACUCCCAUGUGAAAGUUCAGAAAGCUGGCCAACAGGCGCUACGCCAAAUUGGUGCAGUAAUCCGCAAUCCAGAGAUCUUGGGUGAGUUUUUCAGUUACUAGUUAUAAUAAUGUGACUUUGCUAGAAUCCAUGUGCCACACAAACCCAGGUAAUAAAAGCUGAAUUUCUGUUCUGCCUUUAGCAAUCUCUCCCAUUUUGCUGGAUGCUCUUACGGAUCCAUCAAGAAUGACACAGAAGUGUCUGCAAACGCUGCUGGACACAAAGUUUGUGCAUUUCAUAGAUGCUCCCUCUCUAGCCUUAAUCAUGCCCAUUGUGCAAAGGGCUUUCCAGGACCGGUCCACUGAUACUAGGAAAAUGGCUGCUCAGAUCAUUGGAAACAUGUACUCCCUCACAGACCAGAAGGUAUGAAUAAUAAAAGAAGGUAUAUUCUAUAUAUAUAUAUAUAUAUAUAUAUAUAUAUAUAAAUAUAAUAUAAUAUAAUUUUUUUUUAUCUGUUUUUUUUUUUUUUUUUUUAAACAUUUUGUUACUCAGUAUAAUGGUGGUGUAUAUAAUAUAUAAAUGGAAUCUCAGGAAAGCAGUGUUGAGGAAGUAUACAUUUAAGUUCUGUUUAGAUGCCAUGCACUACAUAUUUGACAUAUCAAACCAAAAUCUCUGGGUAAAGCUUCCUAUGCUGCAGUGGAUUUAAAAUAAAAAAAUAAAUCGGUAAUUUGUGCAGAACAAGUGUUUAUAUUCUGGUUUAUUGGGGACAAAUAGAUGCAUUUGCACAUCUCUUUGAAGGACUUUUUGCUAAGCUGUAGAACUCUCCGAUUUACAUUAUUUGUCAAUUUCCCCAACAUGUUUAUGAUCUUUACGGGGUACUGUUUUAUUUUAAUAAAUAAGAUAUAGAAAUAAAUCACUGACACUAAAAAUGGCCUGUCUUUUGGCAGUGUCUUUUUGUUUUGUUUGUUUGUUUCUGUACAGAGUGAACUGGUUUUGGCAAAAUAUUUACUAUAAAACCCAUUAAUUUAUUCCAGGACCUGGCCCCUUACCUUCCAAGUGUCGUGCCUGGACUUAAAGCUUCACUGACAGACCCUGUUCCUGAAGUAAGAAUCCAAUUUGUGCUGUUAGCUACAUUUCAUUUAUAAGUUAUUAGAUUCCAUAAUUUACCAAUGAAUUACCUUUUUUAAUUUUUUUUAUUUUUUUUUUAAUAGGUGCGGACUGUAUCCGCAAAAGCUCUGGGGGCCAUGGUAAAGGGGACAGGAGAAUCCUGCUUCCAGGACUUAUUGCCAUGGCUUAUGGACACAUUAGCCUCUGACUGUAGCUCUGUGGAUCGGUCUGGUGCUGCUCAAGGUAGAAACAAUUACAUUUUGUUUUGCAUUAAAGUGAAAAGCUAGGAAAAUAAGGUAACCUAUUUCCCUUAAUUCUCUAUCGCUCAGGUCUGUCUGAAGUUAUGGCUGGGUUAGGAGUUGAGAAACUGGAUAAACUCAUGCCAGAAAUUGUAGCAACCGCAAGUAAAGUGGAUAUUGCUCCCAACGUGCGUGACGGUUAUAUUAUGAUGUUCAUUUAUCUGCCAAUCACCUUUGGUGACAAAUUUACUCCUUAUGUUGGACCCAUAAUUCCAUGCAUUCUAAAAGUAAGUGUAUAAAACAGCCUUCAAUUAUUAUCGGACUAAAGUGGAGAGCGCUUUUUCCGAUGUCCAAAGUUAAUUUCUUUCCCUCUUUGCAUGAUUGUAGGCCCUAGCAGAUGAAAAUGAGUUUGUAAGAGAUACAGCACUACGUGCAGGGCAAAGGAUAAUCACCAUGUAUGCAGAGACUGCCAUUGCACUUCUUCUACCACAGCUUGAGCAAGGCCUGUUUGAUGAUCUUUGGAGAAUACGGUAAAGUGCUUGAUUUGGCGCUUAUUAUAAUCCCAUUCUCUAUUGCACCUUAGCAGACGUGAAUGUUGGUAUUAAUUAUUAUGUCUCUCUAUGUGUAGGUUUAGCUCUGUGCAGCUCCUUGGAGAUCUGCUGUUCCAUAUUUCAGGGGUCACUGGUAAAAUGACAACAGAAACAGCUUCUGAAGAUGACAACUUUGGAACUCUACAGUCCACCAAGGUGAAUGCUGCUUUAUAUUUAAUUUCAGAUUUUACUUUGGUUUUAUUUAAAUCUAAGGGUGCCUUACCCUGAAGGGUUAAUUAGUUGCUCUUUAGCGUCAAAAAUAUUUUUUGGCAGCAGGUUUUUUAUAUUGGCUUAAAGAUGUCUGAAAUACAGACAUGAACUGUUCAUCCGGCUUUGUUACGCAGGCAUUUCUGUUAAGGGUGUAAGGGAAAAUGCACCAAUGAUAAUGCAGCAGAUCCUUGAGUUACAUGUAUUUUUGUGUGGGUGUGCAUGAAGGUAUAAUUAAUUACAUGUAUAUAGAACGGGAAAACACUUCGUAGGUAAACUACAGUCUCCAAUAUGGAAUGUGAGUUAUUUCUCCUGCUCAAAAACCUUUUCUGGGAAUGAUUACUUAUUGCAGAUCCACGCUGUUUCUACACCAUGUACGCUUUGUUUCAUUUCACGAACUGAUGGCUCAUGCUUUAGCUCACAGUUAGGCUUGUUGAUUUCUUAAUGGAUACUAAUGUCUCUUUCAACUCCUUGCUGUUUCAGGCGAUCAUAUCUGCUCUGGGGCCUGAGAGAAGGAACAGAGUGUUAGCCGGUCUGUACAUGGGACGCUCAGACACACAGCUCAUGGUGCGACAGGCUUCUCUGCAUGUUUGGAAGAUUGUGGUUUCAAACACUCCUCGCACGCUGAGAGAAAUUCUGCCGACUCUGUUUGCUCUACUUUUGGGCUUCCUGGCCAGCACGUGUUCAGAUAAGAGGAUAGUAAGUGGACUUCCUAAUACUUUCCUUUUUAGUUGUUCUCUGAUGCAGCACUCACUUCUUUUUCUUUUCCUAGAUUGCUGCAAGAACACUUGGAGACCUUGUCAGGAAACUUGGGGAGAAAAUCCUCCCUGAAAUCAUUCCGAUUUUGGAAGAAAGUUUGAGAUCUGAUAAAAGUGAUGAAAGGCAGGGUGUGUGCAUUGGCCUUAGUGAAAUCAUGAAAUCGACAAGUCGAGAUGCGGUACGAUACUGGAAGUGAAACUAUGCAUAUUAAAGCCUACACCUUUUUGGCUAUUUUAUUUCAAUCACCUUGUGUCUUCUAUAUUGAUUUCUUUAUUUAAUUUUUAUUUUGCAGAUUCUCUUUUUCUCCGAGUCUCUUGUUCCCACUGUGAGGAAGGCCCUGUGUGACCCCCUAGAGAAAGUCAGAGAAGCUGCAGCCAAAACCUUUGAACAGCUGCAUUCUACUGUUGGGUACCAGGCUCUUGAAGACAUUCUGCCUUUCCUUCUUCUGCAGCUGGUAAUUACAUUAACAAGUGGGCAAGAAGCUGCCUCUACUGUUUUUUUUGGGGGGGGAAGUGGGAAUUGUUACAUUUGCUAUGUAUGCAAAGUAGGAUUCCAUUCUAAUGUUUAUCUGGAGUAACAAUCCAUAUAUAAUGUAUUUUAUAGGAUUUUUCAAAACAUGGUCUCUUUAUUCUGAAGGUAGCAUUGUCACUUUUAGAGUCUGUUUAUUUGGCUAAGAGAAGCGAAUGGAAUUUUAACUACAAUAAAAGUAGGCAACCUUCUGCACUCUAGGUGUAAUGGACUACAUAUCCCUUAAUUCUCUGACAGCCAUAAAGGGGAGUUGUGUUCAAUAACAUCUGGACUGCCAAAGUUUGCCUACCCCUACCCUAGAUAGUAAACUAUCUAGGGUAGAGGACCGUGACGAAGCUGGACCUUCUUCACCCUUUUUGUCUCUUAACAUCUCUUAAAUAAUCCAUUGAACAAUUGUAAAUGUAUAUUUGUAUGAUAUAUGUAUUUAAUAAGGUUUAAAAAAAAUAAAUAUAUAAAAUAAAGAUUAAAUAUUCAAAAAAAAAUAAUAAUAAUCCAUUGAACAAUUGAUAAGCUUAAAGUAAGAUUGUGGCACUAUAUAAAUAAAAAUAAUAUGCUUGAGUACUGCCAUCUUUUUUAGAGGUCAGUCUUCAGCUCUUCGAGCUCAGUCUACCAACAACCAGUGUUGUAGGUCUAUGGAAUGUCUUAUGAGAAGAUGUGUUUUUCCCCAUAGUCGUCACUAGUGAUGGCUGUUAGGAAAAGAGUUGAAGGUGGAAACUCCAUGAUUGGUUAGCUUUUUUUUUUUUUUUUUUCUCAACCAUGGCAGUGGUACACAAGACAAAGUAGUCCAUACAUCAGCUUCUGGUAGUUUUUCAAUGUGCUGGAGUUUCAUUGAACUCUGUCUAAUGUUUUAUUUAAAAAAAAAAAAUUUGCGCACUAAUUUUAAAAUAUAUAUUUAUUUUUAUUCAAGGUUGUAUUGUAAAACAAUUACAUUGUGUCACAUGUAGUUGGGGCAACAUGCCCGCAGAUGGAUAUCUUCACAUCAGCAAGUGUUAUAUACAGGGUAGACUUAUAACAUGACAUCAACAUACAAGAAGUGAAUGUUACAAGAUUGUUUUUAUCCUAAAUGCCAAAUGUGCCAUACUGCACAAGCCUGACCAUAACAUCUUGUGUCUCCUCCAUUCCCUUCCUGUUGCCAUCCCAUCAUUGCAAUAGUGCUCGAUAUACUAAUCUAAUCCCGUCUAAUUGUCUAGUUACUGUGGUGUUUUUUUUUUUGUCAUGUUCUGUGUGUGCAUUUUCAGUCUCUUCCAUUUGGUUUAGAAACUGACUAGUAGGCAGCGUCUCCCCUAUCCCUCCCUCCCCCCGACCGCACUCAAUGGCCCCCUCCCCGGUACCCCACGUGUUCCCGGGACUUAUAGGAAGAAGCCGCAAUGCCAAGCUGGCUGGGCCCCCUCCACCCCGACCCACUCCCCGAGGGGGUGGAAGCAGAGGUUGGCGGUCAGUGGGAUCGGAAGCAGGAAGCAAGGGAAAGAGGGGGUAGUAGAAGAGAAAGAGAAGGCGAAAAAAAAAAAUCUAGGGGGUACAAAGAAAGAAAGAAAGAAAAGGGGGUAUGUAGAUUUUGGGAGGUAGAGAGAGUGUACAGUAAUAGCGCCCUCAUCAGGGCUGUCACCCCGCUCUGUCUUACUCCCCCCUUGCUGAGCAAGAUAGCAACAUUGGCAGAAUGAGGUAUUCGACAUCUAGUCUCAAUUGUUGCCCUCUGGACUGUUGUUUUGGCUCUUUGGAUAGCCGUUCUGUCCAGUGAUACCAAAGCCCAUGGUAUAGUUGGGCCUUUCCAGCCGACUUGAGAAUGAGCUCCUCAAUCCCUAAUAUCUCCUCCACUUGCUGUAUCUAGUCUAUAGUGGAAGGGGGACCAUCUUCUGUUUCCAGUGGCAGGGUAUAAGGCUGUGUGUCGCAUUGAUCAAGUGAGGUAUCACGGUCUUCUUGUAUCUCAUGAUUGGCAUUGGGGUAGUGUGCAGUAGGUAAGCCUCCGGAGAGAGUAAGUCUAAUAUGACUGCGAUUUAAAAAUUGGCAGUGUUUAGAAGACACAAAUUAUUUUUUUCCCCUGUAGAGACUGCACAUUAGAACAUGUAGUUAGGCACUGAUUGUGCAGAAACUAUUGCUGGCAAUGCCAAAUCAUUAACAGCCACUGCUGGCAGCAAAUGCCAUAAUAUAGUAAGAGUACACCUUGUCUUUUGUCCUUUUAAUCCAACAUAUUUAUCAUUCGCAUAUACGGAUUCCUAAGAAAUGUUCUUUUGGGGUUUUUUUGAUAAUUUUUUUUUUUUUUUUUUAUCAAUAAUUAUAAAAGCAGCUGGAAUAAUUUGCACUUAGUUAGAAGUCACUCAGUCCUAUGGGGAACUGAGCCAACAGAAUACACUUAAAAAGAAAGAGUACUGCACUCAGAAAAUAGAGCUCCUGAUCAUCACAAGGUUGCAAGGUUUUAAUUUAAAGGACCACUCCACACCCAUAAAGCCCUGCAGUUUGCUGACGUUCUUUAUGGGUGAGGAGUAUCCCAUAAUAAUGACCGUUUCUAUUAGAAUAAAGCACUUCUAUAAAUAAUUCAUGGAACCCCUCUGAGGAGUUAAUGGAAGCAGUAACAAAUCCUCCUGUUUGUUUGACAUCCAAGGACGUUUCUGCCAGCUUCCAAUGGCUCCCCUGAGCUAACGGAAGUUGCAGGUGCAUUACUUGAAAUUUGCUUUCCUCCGACCAGCGUCCAGACCUCACAUCAGUAUGCUGCUUGCCCACAUGCACUGAAGAAGCCCUUCUGAUUUUCCCUGAAAACAGACUUUGUCUCUUCUGGAGGAAAAGGGGAGGACUUGCAAACGUGUCAGUUCACAAGAACUGCUGUUUUUGAAACUGUUUUAAGAUGUAUCCCCAAUGAAUACAUGCGCGUAUCUACUAAACAGUUAUUUUAAUAAUUGUUUUCUUAUAUGGACAUUCGAUUGUUCCUUUAGCUUAAUGUUUGCACACUAAAUUCAGGUAACCAAUCGAUCUACAUAUGUCUCCCCAGGAUGAUGAAGAAAUGUCAGAGUUUGCCCUUGAUGGGCUGAAGCAGGUUAUGGCAGUGAAGAGUCGAGUUGUGCUUCCUUAUCUGGUGCCUAAGGUAUGUUUAGUUACGAUUGAGACUGCGCUUUAGUUAGCAGCUGAUGACCUACCUAUCCCAGUAGGGACAUUUCGAUUAUUUCUACCCUGUUUUACCCUUUGCAGCUGAUCAGCCCUCCUGUAAACACCCGUGUUCUGGCCUUCCUUUCAUCAGUAGCUGGGGAUGCUCUGACUAGACACUUGAAUGUUAUCCUUCCCGCUCUCAUGUCUGCUUUGAAAGCACAUUUAGGAACAGAUGAUGAGCAGGCGGUAAGCAAAUGUGACUUUGAUGUGCACUGUUUUCUUAAAUGCGAGUUUGUUAAUCCAGAGGUUUAGACAGAACAAAAAUCACUGCUCUGUACAGUUUUCUCAUUUAAAUUGAACCAGAAUGACCUGUCAUUGUGUAUUUUAUUUUCUACAAAGCCUUGUCUGUUCGAAAGAAAACAGAAUUCUGGGAAUAAAAGAUUCAUAAAAUAGUGGCUACAAUUUACUUUACAAGAAAUCUACCUCUUUGCUGGGCUAAUGCAAAGAAGCAUUUUACUACUUAACUCUUUUUAGGGCAAAGUUAAUACAAACUUUAUUGGCAAGUCCUUAACCCUUUUAUUUUCUUCUACUGAACAUGUGUAAAAAAUAAACUAAUCGUGACAUUGUUCACUGCCUAUUAUCAGCCACAGAUGAUAUUUUAGUGUUUUAGAACUGGUUAUUUAUCAUGUAUUCCUAUAACUAAAAGGUAGUACUAAAGUUCCUUUGGUGCAUUUCCUUAAGGCUGUAAAAUCAACGUGGAAGUUGUAAUUCUGCAGCAUCUUGUGGUGUGCAUUUUGGCCUCAACUGCCUUUUAUAUUUUUCAAAUUUAUUUGCAACUGCGAUUUAUCAGUGUUUAAGUUUGACACACUAUCCCAGUCCAACACCAAGUUGUGCUUAGUGUACUUUACACUCCAAAACCCUUUCUCUUGUGGCACUACACUUUUUUUCUCUGCAAUGGGUUCCUGUUUUUUUACAUUUGCAAAUGUCCAUCUUUGUUGCAGGAGCUGGCAAAUUGCCAGGCUGUCAUCCUGUCCGUGGAAGAUGAUGUCGGUCAGAGAAUUGUGAUUGAGGAUUUGCUGGAGGCCACUCGCAGUCCUGAUGUAGGCAUGCGACAGGCAGCUGCAAUUAUACUGAAUAUGUACUGUGCAAAGACAAAGGCUGAUUACACCCCACACCUAAGGAGCCUGGUUUCUGGACUGCUUCGACUCUUCAACGACAAUAAUAGUGUGGUUCUAAAUGAAAGCUGGGAUGCCCUUAAUUCCAUUACCAAAGUAAGUAUUGUAGUUCAUAGAAGUCCUGCCAUCCCUGGCAUUCAUUUUUACAACCAUCCACUGUGUUUUCUGACAAGGGAUGCUUUGUAUUACUGCUCUCCCCUUCUCAUGCCUGGCACACCCUAUAAUAUGUGUGUAGUAACAAGUCGGUUGUCUGAAGUAGGAUGAAACUAAUAGGACAUUUUAUCCAAGUCUGACACCAUCACGUGAGUGUCAAACUCUGUUUCCUUUCGCCCCGUCUGUGGUAUAAAUGCAUUGGAUCACACAGCAAAUAAGUGACAGAUCUGCCAUUGCUGGUGUUAUUUCCCUUCACAGUGAUUAUAGGUGAACACUACACGAGAUAAGAAAUAUGGCAUGUAACAAAAUCAUGACAAAACUCCCCACAGUGCAAAUACAAAAAUUACUGUAAUGUUCAUAUCUCAAGCUGGACUUUGAAAAAUCCUUAUUGAGCAAAUUAACUUGAGAAAUCACGUUUCCACAACUACCCCAGAGUUCACAGCUUGACAUGCAAAUGAGCUCAGGCAGGUUAAGGGUGUCUGCAGAAGUCCAGUAUGAAGUCUGGGUUAGUUGUGGAUUUCUCAAGUUCCUAUGCUCAAGAAGGACUUGGCAAAAUCCAGUGUGAAAUAUGCAGUGAUGCAUAAUAGUAUGUGUGUGUGUGUACAUUAGCAGAUGCAUGCGCACGUAAUGCAGAAUUUUGCUCUACUGCUCUUUUUAAACUAUAGCACCUAAAAUUGUAAAUACAACAUUGCAAAAAUAAAUGAAACUGUAUAACUAAUGAAACAUAUGAAAACAGAAUCUAAAGCCUGAUCUAAAUGCAACAUUUUCCUUGCUCCUCUGAGUGCUUUCAGUUGCGCUGUUGUAUGUGUGAUUAAUUGAUCACAACUGUUAGAAUAUUGAGAGGUAUAUACAAGUACAUUUGGUGCUUGGAUUGAGGGUUCCGUGCUGAUGUAAGGCAGCUAGGUCUGUUUACAUAAUUUAUUAAUAGCUGCUGUAAUAUUUAUUUUUUUUAAAUGUUUUUUUCAAUUCAAGUCGUUAAAAAAUUGGAAAGUAUGGUUUGUAACUGAAAUUCUAUGUUUGUGUAGAAACUGGAUGCUGGAAGCCAGUUGAUGUUGAUUGAUGACUUGCACAGAGAUAUCCGUAUGGUGGGGAAUGACGCGAAAGGAGAGCAUGUUCCCGGGUUCUGUAUUCCAAAGAAGGUAAUUAAAUAACACACAGUGCCCCACAAAUCCUAGGCUCAUAAGUUCAACCCAACAAUGGGAUCUGGUUUUUAGAAUUCUUUCUUUCUCUCUGUUCAAUUAGUGGCUGAUGGAACAGCUGCUCCAGACCCAAAACACACAAGAUGCUCAUGAGAGGACAGUUGGGGGGAAAAACCAAAACAUUUUAGCAUCUCAUAAACUUAAAAAAAUGCAUGCAGUGGUAGUGCUAGAAUGUGAAUUUAAAAUGUAGUGUGCUGCUUUACAGCUUCCUGCAGUGUUUAAGGUGCUUCACCAUUGUGCUGUCUUAGUAUUUGCACCCACAAUCAAAAUGAAUUCCCCUGCUCGCAAACUCCCACUACAUUGUGGCCGCAAUGAUUAUAGUGCACAUCAGCGUCAAAUACAUAUAAUAGAGAAAAAAAAAAUGUAAAAAGCUUUAUGUGCACUAUCCCAAAUCCGUAUGCACAUUUAAAUAACUGGAGAUUUUUAGUAUGGCCACUAAAGUCAAGGCAAAACUCAACAGGUGAGUCCUACGCGAACAAUUCACCUGAGACAGAGAGAGGUGUUUUUCUGAACCCCUUAACACUUAGCACUGUAACAUAGCUGUGUAAUGCCAAAAGCAAAUCCAAACAUACAGAAUUAAGCCCUGCUUUCAAAUUCCCACUACUCCUGGGCAGCAGGAGUGCUACUCAUACCAUUCAAGUCAUAUUCUCCCCAACUUGCAGCCAUUUUGGAGGAGCUCACAUGUUCACAGCUUCAACGCAAUGUUACAUUUUCUAUUCAUAUUUACUAUUUAGAAAUUAUCUAAAUUUUUAUUUCUUUAUUUUGUUAGUAUUUUAAUAUCUUAUUAUUGUUACGGAACACUCUAUGCAACAUAACCAAUACAGCCAACUAUUCGUGUAGUAUCUCUAGUGCCAGAGUGUUUGGUGCCCUCCCACAGUAAUUAGUCAAACUGUUUGACAACGUACCUGGGUCCUAACAGACUCUUUGGGCAAUUAAUGCGACCCUGUAUGGCCACGCUUCACUCAGCCACAGGACCCAGGUAAGUUUCAUGGGUGCAGCAGGACCCAGGAAGUUGGCAAACCAUUCUUAAACAGUUUGGCUACUAAUGCUGGGAGGGCACAGGGUACUUGGCAAACAUAGAGCUGUAGAGGUUAUGGUCUUUGGAGUGGUCCUUUAAUAAUUUAUUUAAAUAAAAAUGGAAAUUAGAAACUUAGCUGGUUGGUUUAAGUUCAUCUGCUAAAUUUACGUUUGGUUAUAUUCUGUAACAUUUUUAAAACUAACCCAUGAACAAUUAAAAUUUUGCCUUUCAAGAAAGUUUUUUUUUUUUUUUUUUUCUUCAAAUCCUGGAACAAUCUCCAAUCAUGGAGGGACACUUUAACAAACUUGUGUUUUAAGUGCUGUGUUGAACUUCCAUUAUAGGGGGUGACCUCCAUUUUGCCAGUACUGAGGGAAGGAGUACUUACAGGAAGUCCGGAACAGAAAGAAGAGGCAGCUAAAGCUUUAGGUCUGGUGAUUCAGUUAACGUCUGCCGAAGCUUUAAAGCCUUCAGUAAUUAAUAUCACAGGACCUUUAAUCCGUAUACUGGGAGACCGCUUCAAUUGGACUGUGAAAGUGGCCCUGCUUGAAACCCUGAGCCUCCUCCUAGGAAAGGUAAAGUGAGACAUGCACACAGCAGCCUGGUAAAUACUGGUAUUCUUGAAUGUUUUUCAUAUAUGUGAAUCAAUAUGGUGACGAUUAACAAGCAGCGUGUUAAGGACUGUGUCACAGCCACCAUUCAUUAGAAUUGAAUCUGCUUGCUCAUUAUAAGAAGUGUAAUGCUGUACAGGAUAGACCGGGGAAGAGCAAAAAGGAAAGAUGUAAUUCCUCUUAUACAGUCACAAAAUCACUGGGUAAAUACAAUACAAAUACAAUGGGUCAAAAGAUAUGCGGCUACAUCUUUUUUUUAUGCAUAUAGAGGAACAUAUGUUGUUGUAGUUGCUGCUAAUAAUGUGACUAGGUGCUUUAAUAUCCUGUAUUAUUUUAUGUGCAGUGAAAAUACUACUUUUUUAUGGCUAUUAUAUCCAAACUUAUAUAAUUUUUUUGUUUUGUUUACUAUCUGUUGAUUUAUUUCAAACAUUUAGCCUGAUUUGUUUUUGUUUUUAUACCCCCACUUCAGGUUCAUAUUGCUUUAAAACCUUUCCUUCCACAACUACAAACCACAUUUACAAAAGCCCUGCAGGAUUCUAACCGUGCUGUACGUUUAAAGGCAGCCGAUGCCUUGGGUAAACUCAUCGUUAUCCACACUAAAGUUGACCCACUCUUCACAGAAUUGCUGAACAAUAUCCGCACGUGCGAAGAUUCUGGAGUCAGGUACUUUUUAGUUCUGUCCCACCAACCAAAGUACCUACUGAUCUUUUUAAAUAACUUGCCGUUACCCAUAUAAUGAUUGCUGUGUACACUUGCAGGGAAACCAUGCUUCAAGCUGUUAGAUUCCUUAUUCAGGGUGGAGGAGGAAAGAUGGACGCAACAAUCCGGAAGAAUUUUGUCACGUUGUUGAUUCAGAUGCUGGGACAUGAUGAGGUAUUUCUUUGUGAUUACUGUAUAUACUCUCGUAUAAGUCGAGACCCCUAAUUUUACCCCCCAAAACUGGGAAAACUUAUUGACUCGAGUAUAAGACUAGGGUGGGAAAUGCAGCAGCUACUGGUAAAUUUCUAAAUAAAAUUAGAUCCCAAAAAAAUUACAUUAAUUGAAUAUUUAUUUUGUAUAUAUAAUGAAUAUCGCGUUUGUGUGUGUGUAUAAAUGCAGUGUGUGUGUGAAUGAAGUGUGUGUAACCUUGGUGGGGGGGUAGGCAUUUUUAUUAUUUUUUUUAAUAUUAUUAUUUUAAUUUUUUUUUUUUUUUUUUUUUUUUUUUUUUUUUUUUUUUUUAUUUUAAUUUUUUUUAAAUUAUAUUAUUAUUUAAAUUUGUAUUUAUAUUUUUUGUCCCCCCGCCCUGCUUGAUACAUGGCCAGGGAGGGGGCUCUCAUUCCCUGGUGGUCCAGUGGCAUAGGCUGUGUAGGAGGGGGCUGGCAGAGAGCUGUUACUUACCUUUCCUGCAGCUCCUGUCAGCUACCUUCACCUUCGUGCCAGUCAGCUCCCUUCUCCUCCACUGUAAGUCUUGCAGUCUGAGUGCCACGCGGAGCAUUGCCACGGGUUACCUCUUACCCCACGGCUCUCGCGAGACUUACAGUGGAGGAGAAGGGAGCUGACCGGCACGGAGGUGAAGGGAGCUGAUAGGAGCUGCAGGAAAGGUAAGUAAAUGCUUCCUGCCAGCCCCCAACAGGACCGCCGGGCUUGUAAUGAGCCCGGCGGUCCUGGUCGGUAUUAUGGCAAUGUAAGUUGCCGUAAUACAGAUAGUGACUCGAGUAUAAGACGAGUGGGUUUUUUUCAGCACAAAAAAUGUGCCGAAAAACUCGUCUUAUACUCGAGUAUAUACGGUACUUGGUUUGCUCUUUAGGUCUAGGGGACUCUUAUGGAAAUAACAUUUGAACAACACAAACACAAUGAAGACAUGGAAUUCCAGUUAACAUGGGUUUCCUUGGGCACAGAGGAACAUCUGCAUCUUUUACAUAGCUGGGAGUAUCUAUUUCUGUUCUUAGCACCUUGGAUGCAGGGAGCUAACCAGUUUAGGUGUGAUCCUGGUUUGCCAGUGGCAUUAGAAAAGACUCUUAAAAUCAUUUUUCACCUAGUACUUUUCAAAGGGAGUUUAAAAAUGCUGAAGUGAUUCCAUGAUAACCAACUUCACAUAGUCAGACCUUCAACUGAUAGUUACUAAUAAUUUGCCACUGGCUGGUUAAAUUUAAAAAAAAUGUUUUUUUUUUUUUGUUUUGUUUUUUUAUUCUUUAUUUUUGAAUGGGCAAUUAGUUGGAGAGACAGAUAACAUACAUUUCAUUUUGUACAUCAGGCGUUAAAGAGACAAAAAGUAUAUCUAUGACAUAUUGUGCACAGUGUUGCAAAUACUUUGUGUAAACAGUUAACAUAAGAUGCUAAAAAAUAAACUUCCUUUUUAAAAAUAAUCCGGUAACAGCCGCCAUCGACACUCCAAAAGCCUGUUUCCAUUCACACAGUUUUACUAAUGUUGGGUGUUCACGUUUUUAGCAUUUACAUUCCCCCCCCCCCACACUUUGUUUCUUUCAGGAUGCUACACGCAUGGCUUCUGCUGGCUGCCUUGGGGAACUCUGUGCCUGUCUUCCUGAAGAAGAACUCAAUGCACUCCUAGAGCUGCAUCUGCUGGGUCUGUCUUAUCAAUUAAUUCUAUUUAUUUUGUGUGUUACUUGUUCAUCUUUAAAGGUAGCCUGACAUUUUACUAGUUAUGAAAAUGUAUUUGAAAUUAAGGGAUUAAGGUUUUUUACUAUAUUGUAAUCUAUAGAAUACCCCCCUUUUUUUUUUUUUUUACAUAGUAGUAUAGGCAGAUAAUGUUUAUUUAUGAGUCAAGCUAUAAAUAUGCAUCUUUCCAUGGAUGAACAGGGUUGGUCAAAAUUCAGAGUGCUGUUUGAGGAGUCAAUAUCUUUUUAUUUUUUAUUAAUGAACCAAUUUCAAUGAUAUUGCAUACCAUGAGUGUGUAACGUAAGGAGAUUUAGUUUGACUAGAUACAGAAGAGUAUCUUUUAACGGAGCUCUAUCUGCCACUUUGAAAAGUCAGGCUCUUUUGAUUAAAUUGUUCAUAACCUCAGUUAAGGUUUGAGGCUCUAGCACUUGAAUUUCUGCACGGAUACUCUCCUUGAGCUGCUCAAGUGUACGCAGUUUGUUCGCGUUCACCUGCUCCUUCAGAUUUCUCCACAGGAAGUAUUCAGGAGCUGAAACGGGCGAACGUGGCGGACAGUUAAUCUGUGAAUUUCUUGAAAUUAUCCGCUCGCUGAACAGUUGUCAUUUUGAAAAUAAAAUUCCACUAUUUUUACUUGUUGUUCCCUUGUGAAAUGAUAAUGCUCCCAAGAUUCGGUUAUAAUCUGUACCUGCAAUAAAAAAAAAAAUAGAACUACUAACAAAUAAGUUAUUUACCUGUCAAAUCCUACUCUGAAUUUUUGUCCAUCCUGUAUUUAAUCAGUACAUGUCUUAGUUAAAACAUGAAAUGCCACUAUAAUUCCUUUAUUAAUAAUUAAGAAUAAAUUCAAUUUAUGUGUUUGACUUACAGAAAGUUCAGUAGUGUUCCUUUACUGGUCUGUUUAUAUGCUUUCGUAAAGUGAUGUAUUUUAAUGCUUUCUUAAACAGUUGAAACGUAGGAAAAGCUUAAUGAACUGGAGGGGGGAUAGGAAUUCCAAAAUAAAAGGGCAACCUUAGCGAUGUCUUCAAAACAGGAUUUGACGGUGCGGGUGGGUACAGAGUGAAGGUGUAUGCCAUCGGCAGAGCAGAGUGGUUGGAAUGAGAUAUUUAUCAGGGUGGAUAUGUAGGUUGUACUUUAUAGGUAAUGGAUUUUGAAUUGAUUUCAAGAAUGUUUCAGUCUACAAUAUGACCUUUUCAGCGUCACUCUAUAGUAGAAAAGUUAAGGAGUAUACUUUUCUUUAUAGUGAGUGUUGGUAGAUACAUACACUAUAAAGGCAUUCUCUCUCUUCUUCUGUUUAAAUGUUUUGCUAUUGAUAGUUUUCUUUGUAUUAGUCUAUUGGAUUAAUGUUCUUGCUGUUUAUCAUUCACAGCUGAUUUUACCGGAAUCGACUGGAUGGUCAGGCAUGGGAGAAGCUUGGCACUCUCGGUAGCUAUAAAUGUGGCCUCCUCCAAGUUCUGCACUCCCAAGUUUUCCAGUAAUCUUGAGUCUGUGGUAAUCAGCCAUGCUACAGCAGACAGGGUAAGAUUCAAAACUGCGUGGCUGGGAAUGUCAAAUUAAUUUGUAAGGGCUUUUUUUUACAUAUUUCACAGUUUAAUCUCUUACAAUGUUUAAAUUACACAAUGUUUAAUUUACUCUAGUACUUCAUUGUUAAUAGGGUGUGUGUUCUAGAGGAAAAAACCAUGUUCAUUGCUAAUGAAAUAAUGUUCCGCAGAUCCCAAUAGCUAUGAGUGGCAUAAGAGCGCUGGGAUAUCUGAUGAAAUAUUACAUUGAGGCAGAAGGUGGGACUCUACCUCCAAAACUGACAACUCUCCUUAUAAAGGUAGGCGUGAAAACUGUUUAUAUCUGGCACCUGUAGUUCAUUUAGCAUUGUUGGAUUAAAUUCUUUAUAAUGGCACCAUAACCUCUUCAGUGGGCUAUAGUGAUUCUGAGAAUUGAAGUGUUCCUUUAAAUUAUCAUUAUUAUGUAUCUAAUGUUUUCCUAUUCUGAAUUCCUGACAGUGUCUCCAGAAUCCGUCAAGUGAUAUCAAACUUGUGGCUGAGAAGAUGAUCUGGUGGGCAAACAAAGAUCAUUUGCCACCAAUGGACCCACAGACCAUCAAACCACUACUUAAGGCGCUUUUAGACAAUACAAAGGACAAAAAUACAAGUGUUCGAGCGUACAGUGAUCAGGCUAUAGUGAACCUUUUAAAAAUGAGGACAAACAAUGACCUCUUUCAGGUAUGUGUAUAGGACAUGAGGAACCUAUGUUGUAGCGCAUAUCCGCAUUUCACGUGAACAGACAGGGAAUGUGGGCUGUCAUGUAAAUAUGAUCUGGUAGCAUAGAUAAAAUGCAUUUAAAUAAAAUAUUAGGUAAUAUGUAUGAGCGGUUACAAGCAAGUAUGUGACCGCUGCACUAGACUUCCAGUUUACCAAGGAUCCACCAAGAUUAAUCGGUUAAAAAUUAUAUAAUUUCAUAUUUGGGCCAAUGAAAGGGUCAUAGAGAACAUUGCCUUUAAUUUGAAUUAUAAAUAUGUCUGCAUCUAUUGGCUUGUUUUAUUAUGUUAUUAGUUUUCUCUUUGGCUCCAUCAUACACCACUAAUAUAGUUUUAUCUUGUGCUCUCAGAGUAUUAUGAAGAUACUGGAUGCGGCUAGUAUAGAAAUGUUGAAUGAAAGCUGCCGUCGCUCUUUAAAGAAGCUUGCAUCUCAGGCUGAUUCCAGCGAACAGAUUGAUGAAACUAUUUUGACGUGAUAAGGAACCUUUGCUGACAAUUCACCUCUGAUCAUCGAUGGUUUUUGCUUUUGAAAAUGCACUAAUUGGGUAGUGCAUUACAGUCUGAAAGAUAUUGGUUUUUUUGGGUUUUAAAUUAAAAAAAAAAAUCUGUUAGUCAAUUUCUAUAAAUCUUGCUCAGAAACACCUAAAACGUUUCUUCUGUGUAUCAUGAGUUAUUUUUUUUUUCUCUCCAAAUUCACAUACCAAGUAAAAUAUCUUUUAAAGGAAAAUGAAUGAUAUACUAAAAACAAGCUGCUUAUGAUCAACAAUUCAACAAUAAAAAAACAACAACCCUACCAACUCAAUUACACAUGGUUUGCAGGUUCAUGAUUUGAAUAUACAUAUACAGGACAUGUUUGUGUUGAAUUUUACAAAAGUACAAACCAUUUCUUUUUCACUGCAGCGGUAAAAAGUAUUCGGUAAAAAUUACUUCUACGUUCUAAAGGUAAUGUGUUCAAGAAAGUAAACAAAAACCCUAAAAAAAAAA